AUGUUUGCUUCCUUCCUCUGUCUUUGCAAAGCGGUGGGAGUGUGUGAUGGUGUUGGUGGCGGGCAGCAUGGGAGAAUGGGAGUGGUCUUGGUGGCGAAAGAUGGGAGAGUGGGAAGAGUAUCUUGUAAUUUUUUAUUAAUAAAAUUGGUUUAUGAUUUUUCUGUAUUGAAUGUUUAUGAGAUUAGUUUUGAGCAACUACAUUCUCAGGCUCUUCUCAAUUACCCCCCAAAAAUGAAGUUUGUGGCUCUGCUUAUUCCUUUUGCAAUUUUGCUUUCUAUGGUUAAGGGUCAACUUGUUCCUGCCAUGUUCAUAUUUGGAGACUCAAUUGUUGAUGUAGGAAACAAUAAUGAUCUGGUUACGCUUGUAAAAGCUAACUUCCCUCCUUAUGGGAGGGAUUUUGCUCAUCAUGAACCGACCGGAAGAUUCUGUAAUGGAAAGCUAGCGAUAGAUAUUAUUGCUGAGGGACUUGGCUUCACUGACCAUCAGCCCGCUUACAUGAGUGACAAGGCUAACGGGGAAAUGUUGUUGAUUGGAGUCAAUUUUGCAUCAGCUGCUUCCGGUUAUUAUAAUGCUACAGCAAUUUUAUACAAUACAUUCUCUUUAAGUCAACAAUUGGAAAAUUACAAAGAUUACAAGAAUAAAUUAACAGCUAUAACGGGAAAAUCGAAUACAUCUUCAAUCAUAUCGAACGGAAUCCAUCUUAUUAGUUCUGGGAGCAGCGACUUUCUUCAAAACUAUUACAUUAAUCCUUUAUUAUUCACAUCCUAUACACCUAAUAUGUUUUCAGAUAUUCUCAUUGAAUCAUAUGAUAAUUUCAUUCAGAAUUUAUACGAGCUUGGAGCAAGAAGAAUAGGAGUCACAACUUUACCACCACUUGGGUGCUUACCGGCAGCCAUCACAGCUUUUGGGCAUGGUAGCAAUCAGUGUGUGGCUAGAUUAAAUAACAACGCAAUUUCAUUUAACAACAAGCUCAAUCACAGAUCUCAAAGGUUAAAGAGAAGGUUUUCUAAGCUUAAGUUAGUUGUCCUAGACAUCUAUAGUCCUCUUUACACCAUUAUCACAAAGCCUGAUGAGAACGGUUUUGCAGAGGUAAGAAGAGCUUGUUGCGGGACUGGAUUGCUUGAAACAUCCAUACUAUGCAAUCAACAUUCCAUUGGAACUUGCUCAAAUGCGUCACAAUAUGUUUUCUGGGAUAGUUUCCAUCCAACAGAGGCUGCAAACAAGAUUUUAGCUACUAACCUCUCUAAUAGUGGAAGCUCUUUAAUUCAACCAUAG